AUGGGCAACCUCUGCGGCAAACAAGAGCCCGACUCCGCCCCCCCGGGCCGCGUCCUCGGCUCCGCGCCAACCCCCCAGCGAAACGCAUCCGUCCCCGUCCCCGUCACCAGCAGAGUCGGCGCCUCCCCGCGCACACUCGGCGGCGCGACCGACACCACAGGCGAGGCGGCCGAUGCGCGACGAAAAGCAGCCGAGGCAGCAGAGGCUCGAGCAAGGGCGUCUAGUAAGCCGGGGGGAAAGCUACAAGCGCAACUCACCGCGCAGAAGAGGCAAUCACGAGCAGAUGCCCUUAAGAAAGCUAGUGCUGAGGAGCAACGAGCCAGGGAGAUUGCGCAAACGCACGACUCGCAAACGUACAACUAG